AUGAAGAAUAAACGAGAUUACGCGGCAAUUGCAGAGGAUGUACCAGUUCCGGCACCCCGAACGAGGACAACGAUCUGGUCCGCCGAUACGCCGUCGGCUGCUCCGAUUUCAACCUCUCCUACGACUCCCAUCAAUGCCUCCAUGAGUGCAUCAAACCUUGCUACGGACAUACGUCCUUCGCAAUCAAUAUCGCAGGGCGAAUGCGACGUAGGGACGAUUGAAGUCAAGCAGGAAGAUGAGACCAGGUCGAGAGAGCGGAGCUGGGUUUGGAAACACUUCCUUACUACACCUCAAUCAGGGACCUGGAGAUUAGGAAAUAAGGAGCGAGCCGAGCUUAAACACCGUUCGUUGAAACAGCACUUGGAGCAAACCCACAAACUCUACGAGGAUGGCCCCAGGCUCUCCCAGGACACCCACAAGCUCUCCCAGGGCGGUCAUUCAGGGUGCCAAGGUUCGUUAAGCUCGUGGAUUGCCAGGGACAAGCAGCUCCAGUUCGAAGAAGCUGUCUUGGAUUGGAUUGUCUCAGCCUGCCAACCUUUCACAUGCGUCGAAGAUUCUUUAUACAAGGAUAUGAUGAGGGCUAUGGGUUUUCAAGGCUCCAUAUCAAGUGCGGAUGCUAUGUUGCGCCGGCUAUAUCUUCGGCUUGAUGCUCUUGACAGUCGGCUUCGAACCUUGAUGUCUUCAGCAUCCUCAGUCGCGCUAUCUUUGGAUGGCUGGACAAGUCCGGACUCAUUGUCAUUACCAAUGCUAGCAAUCAACGCCCACUGGAUGUCCCCUGAUUUCGAGCAACACCGUGCUUGCAUUGAUUUCGUUCAAGUAGAACCCGUCCUCUCUGGAGAGUACCUUGCCAAUAUCGUCGCGCCGGUUCUUGAGAAGUUUCACAUCUCCGAUAAAGUUAUCACAAUUACAGCUGGCAGCGCAUCGAAUAACGAUACCCUACACCAAUGUCUUUACCAAAAGCUGUCUGAGCGGUACGAUGAGUACCUGACCGAGCCCAUCAUCGAACAAGGGACGAUGAAGUUUACUCAUAUCUCCCAAAUCCGCUGCUUUUCUCACAUCUUGAAUUCGGUUGUGGAAACUAUCUUGAGGUCUUUACGCGCUGGCUCGCGUAGGGAAGUCGUCGAUCUCCUUGACGACGUUGCCAAUAGGAGCUUGAAGACAGUUAACCCUCCUCCUUCGCCUAUUGCAAAGUUUCGACUACUUGUCCUUUGGAUUUCACGAUAUUCUGAGCGGAUACAGGAAUGGGAUAAUCCACCUGCCUGUACAGAAGCUAUCAACUGCGAUGACGAUACUCAUUGGAACUCUACCUUUGUUAUGAUUGCGAGAGCUGAAGAGUGUCGCCGUCAACUUGAAGAAACUGUCAACGAUGACCCAGAAAUCAAAGCUUUGGGUCUCACACUCACACCCAACGACUGGAAACAGCUCUCGGACAUCAAAAAAGUCCUGGUUCCCUUCAACGAAUGUAGCGAGUACAUCUCUCAGAGUAGCCCUUCAAUGCAUAUGGCGGUGCGUCUGUUUACAGCUCUCCGUUCUACAUUCUCCGCUGUCAUGGAACGACGCGGCGAGUGGCAGAAGGUCUCACCAGCGAUCACUGAAUCUAUGUCCGAUGGACUGGCGCUCCUGGAAAAGUACCACAACAGCGUCAAAGACAACGACAUAUACUAUAUCGCACACGUUCUGGAUCCUCGAAUCAAGACCAAGUUGAUCAAAGAGCUACCAGAUGGAGAGAAGAUUAUUGGCCGAAUCCGGGAGUUCCUGAAGAACGCAUAUUCCCCUCCAACACAGUCUAUCUCGACUACUUCACCCCUCAGUUGGUACGAAUAUUGGUCUCCGCUGGAUAACGCUGCUGGGUGUGAUAUCGACAAGUAUUUCGAUACUCCGACAAUCGACACUGGUUUGAAGAUAGUAGGCCAAACCCAAAUCAAGUUUAUACGAAACUGGUGGAAGGACAACAGGUCUGAAUUCAGUUGUAUGGCAAAAGUAGCCCAGGAUCACCUUGCUAUACCUGCAGCGGAGGCAGAUCUCGAGAGACUGUUCAAUGGUGAAGACAAUGGUGGAGAAGAUGUGCUGGGGAUUCAAUAUUUCCACACGGAAAGAAAGGAUUUUGGGGCUGUAUUAAGGGUGAAAGAUGCUAGACAUUGGACUUUGCAAUAG